AUGAAUAGUAAAAAACUGCAUAUUGCCAUCCUAGCUAGCCCUGGUCUGGGUCAUCUCAUCCCGGUUCUAGUCAUCGGAAACCGGCUAGCAACCCAUCAUGACGCUAAGGUCACCGUACUAGUCAUCAAAACCAGCACUUCCGCUGCGGAGUCUCAGAUUCUCAGCCUAGCUUCCGGUCCGAACGUCGAAAUACUCGAAAUCCCGCCACCCGACAUCUCUCACUUGGUCGACGCCAAUACUAAAGUAGUCGCCCGAAUAUGCAUCAUGGUACGCGAGGCUUUGCCGGGAGUACGUUCCGCGAUUGCCGGAAUGAAGGACCAGCCAGACAUCUUCAUCGGUGACCUUUUCUGCACCGAAGCUUUUCCCAUGGCGGCGGAGUUGAACAUGCCGAAGUACUUGUAUAUUGCGAGUAAUGCAUGGUUUAGUGCUCUACAGUGGUAUACCCCGGUUCUUCAUGACGAAAUAGUUGGCCAAUACGUUGAUCAAACCGAACCGCUGAAGAUCCCUGGGUGCAAAUCAGUCCGGCCUGAGGACGUGGUCGACCCGAUGCUUGACCGGAAUGACCAGGUGUACAGAGAGUACUUGCGGGUGGGAGUAGAGUUCUCGUGGGCGGAUGGAAUAUUGAUCAACACUUGGGAAGAUCUUGAACCGGUUACACUUGAAGCCUUCAGAAAAUAUGAAUAUUUUACACCACCGGUUUAUCCGAUCGGACCGUUCACAAGACCGGCUGAAAAUUACGGUCAAAAGAGCGAGUUGAUGGAGUGGUUAGACAAGCAGCCGAGUGAAUCGGUUCUGUAUGUGUCGUUUGGAAGUGGAGGCACUCUGUCAGCUGAUCAACUCAAGGAGUUAGCUUGGGGUUUGGAGCUGAGUCAGAAACGGUUCAUUUGGGUGGUCCGACCGCCAGCUGAGAGAUCAGAUGAGUCAUUUUUCACGUCCGGGAGUGGUCCUGAUGGGAGUCCGGAUUUUUUCCCGGAAGGUUUUUUGGGUCGGACCAAAAACAUCGGCCAGAUCGUACCACAGUGGGCUCCACAGAGGCAGAACGCCACCAUGCUCACGGAGGAGCUCGGCGUAGCAGUCCGGCCUAAGGUGUUGCCGACGAAGAAAGUUGUGGACAGAAAGGAGAUUGAGGAAAUGGUGAGAACUAUCAUGGAGUCGUCCGAGGAAGGUAAGGCUAUCAGGGAUAAGGUUAGAAAGGUAAAGGCUAGCGGAGAAAAUGCGACAAAGGCGGGAGGAUCCUCGUACGUUGCUAUGAAUGAUUUCCUUAAAGAUGUCCAGAUUCGGUUGAAAUCAUCGUUGGCUACCUAG